AAUUCUCAGAAAAUUUUCAAGAAAUUUGAAUAAAUUUAAGGACCCAUAAAACAAAGUGUUACCGUAUUUUGGAUUUCCUUUUUUCCAGUCCAGCCUGUAACAUACAUUGUUCUCAAAUUGUCAAGUCCAGUUAAAUCAAAACAAAUUUAUUUAUAGAGCACAUUUAAAAAUAACAGGAGUUGACCAAAGUGCUUUACAGAGACGUUUAACAUAGUUAAAUAAUUAAAACAAAAAAAUUAAUAAAUACUUAAGUAACUGUACCUGACAAACAAUUUGCCAUAAUGAUAUUAAAAAUUAAGGGGACUGAAAUGUGAUGGUAUAAAGGCGAGUCUUUAGCUGGGAUUUAAAAGUGGUGAUGAGUAAUUAACUUAAAAACUUGUGUUUACACUGACAAUUAUUAAGCAUGUGGUAAUUAAAUAUAUCUUUGAUUGUAGAGGAAAAGCUGAUUCCCCGAACUCAAUGUAGUUUAUUGGUUCAAAAUAAUUUUUAUCAGAAGUUGUUAUAAUUCAAAAAGCUUGAUGCAAAGCAAUUUUUAAACUUGUUGUUGUUGUUGAGCCAAAAAAAAUUGUUUUUAGAGUGUAUGAAUAUGCACAUUUAUAGUACCAGUGGUUCGUUCCAAAUGUUUACUGUGAAAAUUAUAGAUGAGUAAUCAGAAAUAUUACAUCAAUGACAUUUUCAGGAAUUUAGCUAAAACUCAUUUCACUUCCUCGUAGUUUUUGAUGUCAUCUCCUGACAGAGUCAUAGCUCUGGUCUUGUGUGUAUCACUCCGUCUGCGGUUUAAAUUUAUCACGAACACAGUUUAGAUUGAUGACAUAGUUUAGAUUAAUAUGCACAGUAAUAAAACACAAAGUAGGAAAGUAAAUCAAAGUGGAACAGAAAUGAAAGAUGCAGUUACCAAUUUGAAGUGGAAAACAAAUGGGUUUGUUGGGUGGCCAGAAACUCCAAAUUAAUGAUAACGUUGCUUCAAAUGUGCUCGAUGUGUAAGUAGGCAACUGUUUGCUAACACGUUCACCAUAUCAACUUAAUGCGAUAGUGAUAAUAUAUUAAUGAUGUGUUUACAGCUGUUGUACACAGUUCUUCCUAAUGCAGGUAAUAAAAUCAUUGUGGGUUGUGUGUUUGUUUUUUUUCUAGGAUGGUUGAAAAUCUAUGGGAUGGUUGGAGUGAGCUUUGGCUUGUUGUGCAUCAUACAGACAGCUCUUAAUGUUUCUUUUCGGCUACAAGCCACUGAGUCUUGUAACAGGAACAAGACCAUCUCGACUGGCAGUUUCAACCUGAUGUCAGACGGUGACAACAAUGCCCUGAUUUUUCAGAGAGACCGACUGCUUCAAGAGAAAGAACAAUUGCUUCAGGAGAAAAAUCAACUGGCAAAGGAAAAGAAAGAGUUGCAGGACAAUAACAAGAUGUUGAAUGAGAAGGUCAACGAACAGCAUUUUCUGAUAGAGCAACUUCAGACAAUAAAAAAAACUGGACAAGACCCAAGCUGUCCCCGGGGAUGGUGGCAAUACAUGUCCCACUGUUACCAGCUUUCCUCUACGAAGAAAAGCUGGAACUACGCCAAAAAAGACUGUGCGUGGAAAGGAGCUCAAUUGGUGAUUUUUAAUGAUAUAUUGGAAGAGGGUGUUUUCCAACAUUAUGGAAGUUCUACUAUGUGGAUCGGGUUGAGCAGUCAACAAAAGUGGCCACAGAAGACAUGGACUUGGGUGGACGGAAGCCAGCUGACUUAUCGUAACAAGAAAAAUGGGCUGCAGUCAGAUGGUGAGCUUUUGAACUGCGUCUAUGCUCAACAAUUCCCAGAAAUUAACUGGGUCCCUGCCUCCUGUGAAGAACAACACAACUGGGUAUGCGAGAGGGAUCUGAAGUGAUACACCACCUCCACCAGACCUGAAGAGUCACACAAAAAACACCCACUUUAGCAAACUAUUAUAUUUAUAUUCAUUCCCUAUUAAUUAUUGUCAUGCACACA